AUGACAAACAGAGGCAAGCCCCGCGGUUUGAACGCCGCCCGCAAGCUCGUCGCCGCCCGAAAGGAAGGUCGCUGGGCCGAUCUGCACUACAAGAAGCGUCUGCUCGGAACCGCCUACAAAUCCUCUCCAUUCGGUGGCUCCUCGCACGCCAAGGGCAUUGUGCUCGAAAAAGUCGGUGUCGAGGCCAAACAACCCAACUCCGCCAUCCGAAAAUGCGUCAGAGUGCAGUUGAUCAAGAACGGAAAGAAGGUUACUGCUUUCGUGCCUAACGAUGGUUGCUUGAACUUUGUGGAUGAGAACGACGAAGUUCUCCUCGCCGGUUUCGGUCGAAAGGGCAAGGCCAAGGGUGAUAUUCCCGGUGUGCGAUUCAAGGUUGUCAAGGUCUCUGGUGUUGGUUUGACGGCUCUGUGGAAGGAGAAGAAGGAGAAGCCCAGGUCAUAG